AUGUCUUCAGCAGGCCUUAAAAGAGUCUCGCUGGGAGAGACUGCCGCCCUAGGGAGUCUGUAUAAUGCACGGACCGACUCAUUUUUACCAUUCUCGUUUCUGAACGACCAACUUCCAGAGUUUGCAGUCACCAGAGAGGCACGUCCUUCUUCCCAAUUGAGAAUUGUUGAGAGUCAUGAUCUCAAAGACAAGUUCAACGCUUUCGGAGUGCAGUCUCAACUGGGAGCCAGCAUCCUUUCUGGAUUGGUUACUCCUUCAGGCUCUGCAGCCUCUCUUCUGCAUCGACCGGAGAGCAACUUCACCGUCCAAAUUUCCCUACAACACUCUGUCACCACAUUCCAUGAGAAGGUCAACUUCACAAGCCCUGAACUUCACCAGUAUAUUUCUCGAGAGAACAUACAGCAAAGCCGUGCUACACACGUGGUCUCAGAGAUCACAUGGGGUAGUCGGAGCAUCCUUACGGCAAACUAUCAGAGAUCCGCUGGUGAAGAUGAGAAUGCUGUAAGAAGGCUCCUACGGGAGGAGUUUGCCCAAGUCGAAGAAAAUAUUUCCUUCCAUGAGCCAUUGGCUGCGGACGCGUAUCAGUUCAGUGACCUGAUCAAGUCACUUCAGACCCACCUGCACACAGACUUGUUGGGGAGCAAUCCGCUGGAGACUGACAUCAAGGGUGCCUGUCAGUUCAUACGAAACUCGCCAAACCAGCUGUUGGCUUUCAACGAAGGGUGGGGACGGCCUGUCAUCUACACGCUCCUCCCAAUUCAAUGGCUCUCGCUGAUUCUAUCCUUCGAGCUCACAGCCGAAAACACGAUCGUCCAGCCUAGUGAGGAUCAUUUAAAUGACUAUAUGAAAAUGUUUGCAGAGAUCAGGAGCGCUCAGAGACGACUCAAGGAUUACUGGACCUAUCUUUCUUUUCGGCGGGCUUUCGUGCCGGAGGAACACGUUCGCGAAGUCUCUGAGUCUUUUGAUCGUGCGAAAAAAGCAGAAGAGGUGCUGAGGGUGCAAUACGGCACUGCUCUCCGUGAUCUUCGAACCGGUCAGGCGGGCCUGAAACAGCUGGCCCAAGUCCUUGACAAAUUUGCGAAUGACCAAUAUUCUCCCGCUCAGCUUAAUGCUGUGGCAGAUAUCUAUGCCCGGAAGCUGGCUUUCAUCAACCACGCGACCAGCAACGGCGCAGAUUACUUCUCAAGUGAGAGAGGGAUGCCCACCCCACGCGGCAAUGUGUACACUCUUUACUUCAGCCGCGCUGCCAUGGACGAUAACGCGACAUGGGGCCCCAAUUCACAUCUGAUUUUCAACUUACUGCAGGACCGAGGCUCUCCGAAAUCGCUCCGAAUUGUGGACUGUGACCGGAGCGGACGUUCUAUCGAGAGAUCUAGUAUCACAUACCAUCGCGAUGGCAACCUGAUCGCCAACGACUUCAAGAAACUCCAAGAUUUCCUCAGAGACAAAUGCCUUAUGCACUUUGACGAAGCUCAUCUCGACACUUGGGGAGUCAAGAAACCGAUAGAUCGGAAGCCUGUUAAAUUGCCGUGCCCAGGAAAAAGCUGUGAGCCACGAGCAAAGCUUCAGUGGAUCUGUUCGCGGUGCUACUCUACCAUCGACUACGGCAAACGAGACCACUACUUGUACUGCGACUGUGGCCGCACUAAGUACCGCUACUGGAGUUUCAGAUGCAAUGCUCAACAACACGGGCCAAGCUUCGAGCGACGUGAUGACCGCCAGCUCGUGCAGCUGCUUGAUGCCAUGGACCCUUUUGAAGAGGUGAACAUCUUGAUCCUAGGCGAGACUGGGGUCGGCAAAAGCACAUGGAUUAAUGCCUUUGUCAACUACCUCACGCACAGCACUUUGCAAGAAGCGAUGGAUGCCAGUCAAAUAGAGCAUGUCAUUCCAUGUUCGUUUGCCACUCAGACAAUCAACGCAAAUGAUCCUCUCAAGAGGCUCAUUCAGAGGAAGAUCCAGAUUGGGGAGGGAGACGAUUUUGAAAACAACGCCGCUGACGGCCAGUCAGCCACCCAAAAGGCCGUCACCUACCCUAUUUUUGUCGAUUCGGUGAUGGUGCGCUUGAUUGAUACUCCAGGUAUCGGUGACACCAGGGGUCUGGACCAGGACAAAGCCAACAUGGCCGAUGUUCUGUCAGUGCUGAGCAACUACAAGGAGCUCCACGGCAUUCUGAUACUCCUCAAGCCAAACAAUUCUCGAUUGAACGUGAUGUUUGAAUUUUGCAUCAAGGAAUUGCUUACCCACUUGCACCGCAAUGCUGCGCGCAACAUGGUAUUUGGUUUUACCAAUACCCGUGGGUCGAAUUACCACCCUGGAGACACCUUCAUCCCACUUGAAGCUGUACUGAAGCAGUUCCGAGAUGUUAACCUCGGGUUAUUUCAUGAUACGGUCUAUUGCUUCGACUCAGAGAGCUUCCGCUACCUGGCUGCUCAUAAGCAGCAGAUCAACUUGGGCAGCUACGAUGACUACGUUCGAAGCUGGGAGCAGUCUGCGACUGAAUCCCGCCGUCUGCUCAACUACAUCCGCCAGCUAGAACCUCAUCAAGUGAAGAACACCAUCAGUCUGAACGAGGCUCGACGCCUGAUCCUGCAGUUAACCAAACCUAUGGCCGAGAUAGCGCAAAAGAUCAAUGAUACUAUCGAACUGAACCAACGAGACAAUGAGCUCUUGCGGAACAGCAGACUCAGCAAGGACGAAAUGCUGAGGAAGCUAGACGUGCAGCAGAAUUCGGUUGUCUUCAGCCCGGUCAGUCGCCCGAAGACGGUCUGCACUAAUGCGCGAUGCAUCAAGAAAGUUGAGACUCCCGGCCCCAACGGGGAGGACACUGUACACAAAAGUCUCUGUCAUAACCCCUGCUGUUUGACCAACGUUCCAGUUGAGAAGGUGGGAACUCCAGAGUUGGUCAGAUGCGCGGCGUUCGCCGGCUCGCAGCAUUGUAAAGUUUGCAGACACCACUGGAUGGAGCACAAGCAUAUUCUGUACGAACACAGAGAGACAAAAAGGACCAUCAAAGAUCCGAAAGUUGAGAUGCUGUUGCAAGAAAAUGCCAAGAUCACGACCGUUAUCGAGGCUGCAAUCAAGGCGAAAGAGGCCACGAUCGCGGAAUUCAGACACGAGCACAAAGAGAUUCAGCGGGCUGCGGUUCAGUUUAGCCUCUGGCUCAAGCAUCAUUCCAUCACGCCAUACAACGAUGCGACACUGGAGUAUCUGGACCAUCUCAUCAAAGAGGAGAAGUCCAAGGUGGCGGUUGGUGGCAAGAGGCAACGCUUGGACGCUUUUGAACGGUAUCGUCGCGAAUAUAAGGAGCUUGUCAACCUUUUCGAAUCCAACCUGGACCAGAGUAAGAAUGAGGAGCUUCUGGAUGCCAAGGGCGUCGACAAGCUCGUGAAACGACUGUAUUCUCUGAAGCAUUACGGCGCGGACCUCCGCAAGCUGCGGGAUGCCGUGGUCAUUGCUCAUGCUGCCUCGAUUCGUGAGAGACCGUACCGUGUCAACGCGAGAAGAGGCUAUGGGAUAUCCGUGUUUGGACCAUCAUUCUUUGAGAUCUCGGUCAGAACUCGUCCUGCGUCAAAUUUCAACAAUGAUAAAGUCCCUGUCAUCAGCAGAGCCCCAUCAUCCGCUCUGGCUAUGACUGACGAGAAGCAGGUCUUAGGAACAGCAAACGCGGCGACCCCCCUGUCUGGCAAGAGGCAUGUAAGUAUGCCAGAGGGGAGCAGUUCGUCCUCUCCACCAUCCUAUUUUGAGGCCGCGGUGGCCCCUCAGAACUUGCAUGAGGGUCUCAAGAGCAAACGCAGAACGGUUCGGUCGUUGAGCGGCAGGCUUACUGACAGAGUGUCGUCGAUUUUCAAAUGA